AUGGAAACAGGCCCCCCUCAGCUCGAACUCGCGGAAUAUGAUGAGGCUGGAAACGUCACGGCAACCUACAUCGAGACCGGCCCACGCAUUGACGUUAUCCCACCCGAGCAGCGAAAAUCUCCUCUGCUCAGGCUGCUUGACGUCUUCUUACCCGCCGGCUACCCUCAGAGCGUGACGGAAGACUACCUGCCGUUCGUGACAACACCUGUCCCAUUACCCGAUCGAGACUCUCUUCAAGCCUUUUCCAGCUCCAUUGCCGGCCUGCUCUCUUCUCGGGCCGUUCUCGAAGGUGUCGGCGUCGGUGAUGCCAACGCGUCGCCUACUGCGGCUCUGCUCUUGUCUGUGCUCCAGGAAUCGACUGGCCGCAUCGCAACAAUCCUUUUCGCGGCAAGGCUCGGAACCAGUCUGGAGCCUGAAUGUAAGGCCUGGAGACUGGCUGCUGAUUUCUUCAACGAUGCCGCCAUGAUCCUUGAUUGCGUGUCGCCGGCCUUGCCACGCCUACCGCGCGUACUGAUCCUCAGUUUCAGCAGCAUCCUCCGCGCUCUAUGCGGCGUUGCUGCAGGGUCCAGCAAGGCGAGCUUGAGUGCUCAUUUCGCCCGUAUGCAAAACCUCGGAGAAUUGAAUGCGGUGAGCCAUCUUCUCUUUUACUCGGUCACACUCUGA